UACAACACAAAAGAUAAAAUAAAAAAUACAAAGAUCAAAAAAGUAACAUACAACAACCCAUUUCUAAUAAACAAAAUAGACUAAACCAAGUCUAUUAGCUCUUCAAGGAAACUACCUCACACCCAAACACAAAAGCACCAAAAACCAGCUCCCACGAGAUAAACUACCAAACCAAAAAGUUUUGCAACUUGAUAACCAAGCAUCCCUCCAUGCCCCUGAUGAUGAUUGAGGCUAAAACCUGACCAUACACAUCAGCAAAAAAUCUGCUAAAAACAGCAGAACCGCCCAUUAAAAGCAACCAAGAAGCAGGCACGAUGAGGCGAAGGCACAGAUGAACGCAAAGAAGAAAGAUCAGCCACUCAUGCAAGAUACAUUAUGAUUCAACUUUUGCUGGUCGCUAGCUGAACAAGGUUAUCAAACAGUCAUAUAGCUACCUCCGAGAUGGAGUGUUUCAUGACAGAGUUGGGGAAGACACUUACGGAGAAAGUGCUAAACAAGGCAAUAGAAAAGUCACGCAAUAUAUUUUGCUUCACAUGCAUUCUUAAAGAAUUCAAUGAAGAAAAGGAUAAGAUGGAAGCAGGAAGGGCAACUAUGAGGGAAAAGUUUCAAGUGGCUGCCAAUAAAGGAAAAGGUAUCAAAACUAAUGCUCGGUUAUGGGAAGAACAGGCUAACAAGCUCAUUCAAGAGAACACCAAGACAAACCAGAGAUGCUUUCUUGGAUUUUGUCCUGAUUGUAUAUGGAGAUAUAAAAGAGGAGAAGACUUGUCGACAAAGACAAAGGAGAUUAGAAAACUAAUGGAAGAGAAAUUUGAAAAUGUUGAACUUGAUCGUCAUCUUCCAGGUGUUAAGCGUUAUUCUUCUCAAUAUUACAUUUCUUUUGAAAGCAGAAAGUUGAAAUACGAAGAGCUUUUGGAUGCACUAAGAGAUGACAGCAAUUAUAUAACUAGAUUGCAAGGAAUGGGGGGCACAGGAAAAACUACAUUGGCAAAAGAAGUGGGUAAACAACUUAAGACAUCAAAGCAAUUCAAUCAUGUUAUCGAUACCACAGUGUCAUUUACACCUGAUAUAAAAAAGAUUCAAGAUGAUAUUGUCGGGCCCUUAGGAUUGAAAUGGGAGGACAUCAGUGAAUCAGACCGACCUAAAAAGUUGUGGAGCAGAUUAACCAAUGGUGAGAAAAUUCUGCUGAUAUUGGAUAAUGUGUGGGGAAAUCUCAAUUUUGAUGACAUAGGGAUUCCAAAGAGUGAUAAUCACAAAGGAUGCAAAGUACUUGUAACCACACGCAAUCUGAGGGUUUGCAACCAAAUGGUAUGUGAAAAGACAAUUCAACUAGAUCUCUUGAAUGAAGAAGAGGCAUGGAGUAUGUUCAAAUUGCAUGCCAAUCUAACUGAUAAUUCGUCCCAAGGUAUCCUCAAGAAGGGACGUAAAAUUGCAACUGAAUGCAAAAGACUACCAGUUGCAAUUGCUACUGUUGCUAGCAGUUUGAAGGGACAAAAACGCCGUGAAGAGUGGGACAUUUCAUUAAAGACCUUACAGAAGCCUGUGUCCGUGGGCGGUAUUGGUGAUGAUUUGGUUGAUAUUUAUAAAUGUUUGAAGUUUAGCUAUGACUUUCUGAAGGAUAAAAAUGCCGAGGGACUUUUCCUCUUAUGUUCUACAUUCCCAGAAGAUGCAGAAAUUUCAACAGAAGUUCUAACCAGGCUUGGCAUAGGAGUUGGCCUUUUUGGGGAUGAUUAUGGUAGUUACAAAGAUGCUCGAACUCAAGCAGCUGCAUCAAAAAAUAAACUCUUAGAUUCAUGUUUAUUGUUGGAGACAGAGGAAGGAUAUGUGAAAAUGCAUGACUUGGUUCGUGAAGUAGCUCAAUUGAUAGCAAACAAUGAGAUGAACAUAGUAAAUUUUUCCAACAAAAAUCAAAAGUCACAGGUUGAAAGGGAUAAGAAUAUCAAAUAUUUGAUAUGCGAAGGAAAUCUUAGGGAUUUAUUUGCAUCUAAGUUUGACGGUUCUAAACUUGAGUUUCUAAUUGGCAACAUGCAUAUAAAGGACAUUGUGCACAUCCCCAUUUCAUUCUUUGAAAAUAUUCCAAGGCUUCGUGUUUUGAAUUUAUCACGCCAUACUCCUUAUCAGUACCAUGAUUACCAUCAUCGUCUAUCAUUACCACAAUCAAUAAAGCCAUUGUCGAAUAUACGUUCUCUAUCAUUUGAAAAAUUUGAUUUGGGUGACAUUUCUGCAAUUGGAGGCCUGCAAGGUCUUGAGACACUUGAAUUGACUCAUUGUGCAAUUGAUGAACUUCCUCGUGAAAUUGAAAAACUGGAGAAUUUUAGAUUGUUGGAGUUGAAAAAAUGUAAAAUUAGAAAUAAUAACCCAUUUGAAGUUAUCCAAAGAUGCCCAUCACUUGAAGAAUUGUACUUCUUGAAUAGUUUCAAUGAUUCUUGUAAGGAAAUAACCUUACCAACAUUGCAAAGGUAUCGUCUCAACGAUGUCACCGUUUAUCAUUAUAAGAUGAAAGAUACAAUAUCAAGAGGUGUGUCUUUGACAUGGGAUUAUUUCUCAGAAGCAACAUUUAAGUAUGUGAUGGAAACAACAGAGCUUCUUCAUUUGGAAGGAACCGACAAGGGAUGGAGAAAUCUCAUGCCUGGGAUUGUUUCUAUAGAUAAUGGUAUGAAUGAUCUAAUUAAACUUUAUUUGGACAAUUGUGAUCAAGUACAGUGCCUGGUAGACACUAAACAUAUAAAUUCUCAAGUACCAAGUGUCUUCUCCAAUCUAAAGAAUGUGACCUUAAGAUCAUGUUCUAUGUUGGUUUCUGUUUUUGAUUUGUCAACUUCUCGAGGCCUGCUGCUGUUGGAGGAAUUGAUAAUAUUUAAUUGUGAGAAAUUGGAAAGCAUAAUUACAAUUGAAUGUGAAGAAAUAGUUGAUGGUGAUAAUGAUAACAACAAAAUUUGCAACUCAAUGUUUCCAAAUCUGAAAGUUGUCAUAAUUGACUGGUGUCACCAAUUACAAUUUGUACUUCCAUGUUACUCUGCUCGAGACUUUUUGUUACUAGAAAAGAUCACAAUAUAUGGUUGUCACAAACUGAAAUACAUAUUUGGCCAACACCAAGAUGUUCAACUCCCUUCACUAAAAGAAUUGAAGCUUGAUGAUGUGCCAAAUUUCAUUUACAUAUUUCCAGAGCCUUCAUCCAUUAAAGGGUCAUCUGAUUCCAUUUCCAAGCCACAAUCAGAAUUGGAGCCAGUCAAAUCUAAUACAUUCUCUUGGAGUCAAAUAUGUUGUUAUGGAUACAAAUUGAAAGGGAGCACAAGUACUAAAAUUGUAUUGGUUUCUGAGGAUCAACCAAAAGACUGCUCAAUCACACUGGAAUCUAGUUCAUAUAUCCUAACUUAUGGGAACGUGCUCAAUGUCUUUCAACUUCAAUGCUAUCACAUAUCCUGUGCAAUAUUAAAAAGAUGAUACUGACGAGUCUUCCAAGGAUAAAAUCAGUGUUUGUG